GCGGCCAUCUCCAAGAAGCGCGGCGGCCAGGGCAAGGGCAGGGCCGCGGCGAACCCUGCUCUGGAGGCCCAGCUCGCCGCGACGAUCGCGGCGCAGCCGAUGUCGACUCAGGCGAAGGCGGCCCAGGCCCUACUGGAGGCGAUUCGUGAGGAGAAUAAGAAAAAGAAGGAGGCCGCCGUCCCAGCCACGCAGCAGGUCACGGCGGCGGCGGCGAGGGCGCAGAGAUGUCAGACGGCUUUCGACAAGGCGCAGGCGGCGAAGCUCAAGCUUACGCUCGACUUGGAGAAGGCGGGGCCGAGCACCACUAUCGACUUAUCCGCGCUGCCGUCAGAGUCGGUCGUGGAAGACUCGGCGUUCACCAUCAAGUUGGGCCCCGAAUUCGCCAACGACGAUGGGGCGCUCGAGGCGAGUGUGGUCGAUGAGAUUGACAACCGCAAGAAGGCGGUGCUGGGCGCCCUGGUCCACACUCUGAGGGCUUCUUUCAGCGAGGCCCAGAGCAAGCUGAAGGAGCGCAGCGAGAAGCUCUCGGAGGUUCGGGAGACCAUCUCCAAGAGGAGGCGCCAGGUUUCCCCAGCGCCGCCCCAGGCGAGCGCGGAGAUGGCGGCCCCCGCGGGAUGCGCGGGGCCGCCCGCUGGGGGCGCGGCCUCGGCCGCGGCGGCCUCGGCGGCUUCUUCGGCAUCGAGGGGGCCCGGUGCUGGAGGCGGCGUGGGCGGCGCGAGUGGAGCGACGCCUGGAGCCGCAGCGACCCCCACUGGCAGCGCGACGCCUGCGGGGGACACAACCGAGGUGGCCAGGAUCGAAGCCCUCAGGACGAAGCUGGAGGCGGAGGCGGCGGAGUUGCUGGAGACGGCGCG